AUGGGCCGCGAAGACCAGAUUGAGGAGCGCGAGGUGCUCGAUUCAAUUUUCCCCGACGAAAUUACCGACAUAUCCGAAACCUCAUAUCGAGUAUCCAUAACUCUUGACACUCUCGAAUAUGAAGGCGAUGAAACAGAACAGCCAGUGAUAUGCCUUGAAGUUGCCUACCCAGAAGAAUACCCUGAUGUUGGUCCGAAUCUCAACAUUACCUCUCCGCCCAAUGCUGUGAAGCACCCUCGACUGGAUAUUCAGGAGGACCGGGAGCAACUGCUGGAGUCCCUCCUGCCCACUAUUGAAGAAAAUAUGGGCAUGGCGAUGGUAUUCACUCUCGUUAGCGCACUUAAAGAGAGCGCAGAGCUUCUCAUAACCGAAAGAGCAAACGCCAUUCAAGCUGAGAUGGACAAAGUCGCCGCAAAGAAAGAGGAGGAGGAGAAUCGCAAGUUUCACGGCACACCAGUGACUGUUGAGUCAUUCUUGGAGUGGAGUGCCAAGUUCAAGAAGGAGAUGGAGGAAAAAGAGCUUCGGUUACGCGAAGAAAAGGAUUUGGAAGACAAGAAAAAAAGGAUUAUCAAGGAGGAGAAAAAGCUUACAGGCCGGCAAUUGUGGGAGAGGGGCUUGGUCAAGGGUGACUAUGACGAAGAGGAUGAGGAUGCCUUGCCAGCUGUCGACAAGCUCAAGGUGACUGCAUGA